AUGAUGACGAGCCUGUCAACCGAGUACUAUCAACUCCUCCUCUCGCAAGGGCUCUGCUCAGCCAUUGGCGUCUCAAUGAUCUUUCAGCCGUCCGUCUCCUGUGCCGCCGGCUGGUUCACCAAGAACCGCGGCGCCGCGUUCGGCAUCCUCUUCACGGGCUCGAGCAUCGGCGGCAUCGUCCUCCCCGUCAUGGUCACCCAUUUGAUCCGCACAACGGGGUUCGGAUGGGCGAUGCGCACCUGCGCAUUUGUCAUGCUGAUUCUCCUGAUAAUCACCAACCUAACCGUGCACCCCUUCACCCCGCCAAAACCGCGCAGCGUCACACGCACCGAGCUCGUGAAACCCCUCAAGGAGCCGCAAUUCCUCCUCUUCAUGAUCGGCAUGUUCAUCUUCACAUACGGCUUCUACCCGCCGAUCAACUACCUCCCCGUGCAGGCGCUCGAGGCAGGCAUGUCCGCGGACCUCGUCGACUACCUCGUCCCGAUCCUGAACGCCGGCUCGCUCUUCGGCCGCCUCUCCGCAGGCGUCCUCGGCGACCGGAUCGGCCGCUUCAACAUCUUCAUCGUCGUCUGCUACCUCUCUGCAGCGAGCAUCCUCGCCCUCUGGCUGCCAGACUCGUCAACGCCAGCCCUGAUCGCAUUCAGCGUGCUUUUUGGGUUUUUCUCUGGAGCGUACGUGUCGCUGCUCACGCCGCUGAUACUGCAGAUCUCGCCGAUGGCUGAGCUCGGGUUUCGCACGGGGAUUGUGCUUCUUGCGACGGCUGUUGGUGGACUCACGACGAAUCCGAUCAACGGGGCGAUUGUGGAUGGGCCUGGGGGCUGGGUUGGGUUGAAGGUUUUUGCGGGUGUUUUUGCGGUCGUCGGGACGAGUUUUGUCGUGCUUGCGAGGGUGAAAGCGACGGGGUGGAGGGUUUUUGCUAGAUAUUAA